AUGCUUGGCUGUGCCGCAGUUAAUUGCAGUAAUCGGGUUGACAAGGGCUAUAAGCUCUUCUCGUUCCCGAAGGGUAAACGUGGAACAAAAUGGGUUGACAAUAUGCGACGAGAUAAGUGGACACCGACCAUCUCUUCGCGAUUGUGUGAGGUACAUUUUGAAGAUUCCCAAUUCAAAGCCUACCGCAUUGAUGACUGGAUUGUCAAGGUCACGACCCUGAGUGACCAUCGGACACUUUCAGCAGACGGGGGUGAGAGAAGACGAAAGAAGGAAGAAUCUGGUGAUGAAGACUAUGAAAUGUUAAUAACUGAGACACAUUUGAAAGAGAAGUCUAAUCGUAUUGUUGGAUACAUGGAAAACAUAGCAAACUUUACAAACAUAGAAUUUCAACGACAUUUCAGAUUAUCCUUUGAUGCAUUUGAAUAUUUAUUAGAACAAGUUGGUCCGUUAUUAAAGCCUACUGGAAAUGAAAAUAAACAAACUGGUCGUCCAGAACAGGAUAUCCCGAUCAACAUUAACGCUAGAAAGUUACUAGAUUGGCUGAUAAAUCGGAAGCAUUGCAAGAAGGAUUGGCACAUGAAUAUUUUACCCAUUAGGCAGAAAAUUAAUAAUGCGAUACAGAAUAUGCCUGUUCAUGAUGACAUUGCUUUAUUGUUGUCUGGUGCCUAUAUAAAUUAUUUUUACUGUGUGAAGAUUGUGAAAAUUUUGAAGAAAACGGAAGCUAAUACAAAAAAUUUAUUCGAGCGUUAUGGCUCACAAAGGAUGAAAGAUUGGCAGGAGAUUUUGAGAUUGUAUGAAAAAGAUCUGGAGAUACGAUCUGAAGCAUAUACGAUAUUAAACAAUCCAACGACGAGAACCGAAUUUAUCAAUCAACUGUUUGAACUGGAAGCAUUUAUGAAGUUACAUCUGUAUGAAUUUAAAGGCGACGAUAGAAGUAACCUUCUCAGUUUUAAUCAGAUGCAGAAUGCUUCAUUUAUUCUGCAACUUUCUACCACGGAGACCACUCAAAACAUGCUGGAUAACAUUCAAAUUAUCCUAUCUGAGAUGUUGCAUGACAAUGUUCAGCAUUUACAUAACAUCAAACAUUAUCCAAAGGGACCCCCCCCAAUGACUUUGACCUUGACAUAUAUUCGAAUCGCGAAGGAUGAAUCGAUAGAUCGAGAGAUCGAGAGAUCGGAAAAGGUCGAGGUCAUUGGGGGGGGUCCCCUAAUCGGAACAUUUGCCUUAAAACUCAUCAUACAAAGAACUAAGGAAUUGCAAACCGAGAUAGAGCGAGAUAUUUCCAAGAAAUACAAAAAUAGGACGGUACAUUUAAUCGAAGGUGUAAAUACGUUGUAG